AUGACUGAUAGGGUCCAUCCUUCUGCAAAAACCACCGCCAUCGGCGGCCCCAAGCCAACAUUCCCAGCCACAAAAUCCCAACUUUCUGGCGCCAACCGCCCCACUUACCGCCCCCAACCACCCCACCGCCGUCACCACAGCCGCGGUUGCGUCUCCACCCUUUGCUGCUACCUCUUCCUGAUCCUCCUCUUCGUCCUCCUCCUCAUCGCUGGCGCCGGCACCGUACUCUACUUCCUCUACCACCCCCAACGCCCUUCAUUCUCCGUCAACUCCCUCAAACUCUCCUACUUCCACCUCACCUCUCCCUCCACCUUCAACGCCAAGUUCGACCUCACUCUCUCAACCACCAACCCCAACGACAAGAUCCUAUUCUCAUACGACCCCACCUCCGUCUCCCUCCUCUACGGCGACGCCACGCUCGCCACUGCCACCAUCCCCUCCUUCCUCCACCGCCAGAGGAACACCACCGUAAUCGAGGCCUACGUCACGAGCACCGAGGAAGAGGUGCAGAGCGACACCGUCAUGGAGCUGAAGAGGAGCACGAAGAGCAAGAGCGAGGUGGCGCUCAAGGUGAAGUUGGAGACCAAGGUAGACGCCCAGAUGGGUGUGUUCCAAACGCCACACGUCGGAAUCACCGUUUUGUGCGACGGAGUCGCCGUGUCUCUCCCCGACGGCGAGAAACCGGCGUCAGCGUCUGUUGAGAAUACGGCGUGCAGAGUGGAUGUAAGGUUCAAGGUCUGGAAAUGGACUGUAGGAUGA